AUGCCCGCCAUGAGGCAGCAUGAUCUGGAGCGAUUGUCGUCGAGGGAUACGGUGCGGCGUCAGCCUUCAAGAGUUGAGGGCAUUCGGACGAGUAUCAAUCAUCUGUUCUCGGGACGGUCGAGAGUUGGGUCACAACACAGAAGCCAUACCCCAGAUAGCCCGAAGACUCCUCAGUUGCCUUUAGGGUUGGGUAACUUUUCUUCGACUCGACUUAAUAUCCCAUAUCUCAGUCGAUCGAACUCUGGAUCUUCCACUCGAACACCAAUACGUGCCGAGCACAGUCCACGAUCUCCCGUCUUUUCUCAAGCAGCCGCGCCUCUUCGAAGGGAAACCAGACGUAUACCUGAAAACAACACUGUCGUCCCGCCGAGCUUGCCUCAAGCACGUUAUAAUCCACCGACAGCGCGGAGAUUUGUUGGAGUAGGCCCGGAAGAUGAUCGACUUGCACAAUUGGCAGAGACUGGCAGAAGACGAAGAAGGAACAACCCGCGAAGUACUACGAGGAGAUGUGCUCCAAAAAUCAAGAACAGGAAGAUACGGGCGAAAAUCUUGAGUUGCUUCAUAUCAGGACUGUUCCUGACACUUGUUCUCACUGUAUACCUUGCAUUGGCACUUUCCAACCGUCAAGAGAGCCAGCAGUUCCAUGUCCUAUUGAUUCUGGUCAUUCUGAUUACAACAAUAUUUUUCUGUCACUCUUUAGUCCGGCUUUGUAUGAUGAUGAUAAAUCCUCCUUCGGACGAUAACCAGCAACCGGAUUUGCCUUCUAUGACUGGGCCUGGUGGGUUUGCCAAUCCUCACGUACCAAUCCGGGUUGCACUCGCACGUGACGAGGAAGCUGCUGGAAUUGAAAGCGACGCCACCAAGUUGCCUCCACCAGCUUAUGGAUUAUGGCGGGAGUCAGUUCGAGUGGAUCCGAACCGCAUAUUUUGGCAGAGAAAUGAUCAGCAGCCGCCAUUACCUCGCCAAAACUCCAGUCGUGGAGAAGACGGUCGCCCAUUGACAGCUAGGCCUCCAUCAUACAUGUCGGACGACGGUGUUGAUUAUGUGAUUGAAGCAGAAGGUCGAUCAACUGUUCCAACAAUGGAGGUGCCAUUACCUGUUCAUCCAUCAGAACGUGGUCGCACUUUACCGUCAAUUGCGCGUUAA